AUGGGGAACCGGGGCAUGGAAGACCUGAUUCCCCUGAUCAACAAGCUCCAAGACGCUUUCAGCUCCAUUGGCCAGAGUUGCAAUUUAGACCUUCCCCAGAUUGCUGUGGUCGGUGGACAGAGCGCUGGAAAAAGCUCAGUCUUGGAAAAUUUUGUUGGCAGGGACUUUCUUCCACGAGGAUCAGGCAUUGUUACCCGCAGACCUCUCAUUUUGCAGCUGGUCAACAAUAAAGCAGAAUAUGCUGAAUUUCUGCACUGCAAAGGGAAGAAGUUUGUCGAUUUUGAUGAAGUGCGGGCGGAAAUUGAGGCGGAGACAGACAGGAUAACAGGCUCCAACAAAGGCAUCUCUCCAGUCCCAAUUAACCUGAGAGUCUACUCCCCACACGUGCUGAACCUGACCCUGAUUGACCUCCCGGGAAUGACUAAGGUUGCCGUCGGAGACCAGCCCGCCGACAUCGAGCACCAGAUCAGGGAGAUGCUGAUGCAGUUCAUCACCAAGGAGAGUUGUCUGAUCCUGGCUGUCACUCCUGCCAACACUGACCUGGCCAACUCAGAUGCUCUGAAGAUCGCCAAGGAGGUGGACCCACAGGGUCUGCGUACCAUUGGUGUUAUAACAAAACUGGACCUGAUGGAUGAAGGGACUGAUGCAAAGGACAUUCUUGAAAAUAAACUGCUGCCACUGCGUAGAGGCUACGUUGGUGUGGUGAACCGCAGUCAGAAAGACAUUGAUGGGAAGAAGGACAUUCGCGCAGCGCUGGCUGCAGAGAGGAAGUUCUUCCUGUCCCACCCUGCCUACAGACACAUGGCAGAGCGUAUGGGCACGCCACAUCUACAAAAGGCCCUCAACCAGCAAUUGACCAACCACAUCAGAGACACCCUGCCUGGUCUGCGCAGUAAGCUGCAGAGCCAGCUCCUCUCCCUGGAGAAGGAGGUGGAGGAGUACAAGAACUUCCGUCCAGAUGACCCAACACGCAAGACCAAGGCCUUGUUGCAGAUGGUGCAGCAAUUUGGUGUGGACUUUGAGAAGUGCAUUGAAGGCUCCGGCGACCAGGUGGACACCAACGAGCUUUCAGGUGGCGCCAAGAUCAACCGCAUCUUCCACGAACGCUUCCCCUUCGAACUGGUCAAGAUUGUGUUUGAUGAGAAGGAGCUAAGGCGAGAAAUCAGUCACGCAAUCAAGAACGUCCAUGGCGUCAGAACGGGGCUGUUCACUCCAGACCUGGCGUUUGAGGUCAUCGUGAAAAAGCAGAUCGUUAAGCUGAAAACGCCAUGUCUCAAAUGUAUCGAUCUGGUCAUUCAGGAGCUCAUCAACACAGUCAGGCAGUGCACCAACAAGCUCAAUUCUUACCCCAGACUGAGAGAGGAAACUGAGAGGAUUGUCACCACCCACGUCAGAGAGAGAGAAGGGAAGACCAAGGACCAGGUUCUGCUGCUGAUUGACAUUGAGCUGUCCUACAUCAACACCAACCAUGAGGACUUCAUAGGCUUUGCUAACGCCCAGCAGAGGAACACAGCUGCAAACAAGAAGAGGGCCAUACCCAACCAGCUUGGCGGACUGGGAGAGGUCCACGAGGAGAAGGUGAUCAGGAAAGGCUGGCUAACCAUCAACAUCAGCAUCAUGAAGGGAGGAUCCAAGGAGUACUGGUUUGUCCUGACCGCUGAGUCCCUGUCCUGGUACAAAGAUGAGGAGGAAAAAGAAAAGAAGUAUAUGCUGCCUUUGGAUAAUCUGAAGAUCAGAGAUGUGGAGAAAGGCUUUAUGUCCACAAAGCACAUCUUCGCAAUCUUCAACACAGAACAAAGGAACGUGUAUAAGGAUCUUCGCCAAAUAGAACUGGCCUGUGAUUCUCAAGAGGAUGUGGACAGCUGGAAAGCAUCCUUCCUCAGGGCAGGAGUUUAUCCCGAGAAGGACCAGCCGGAGAACGAAGAGGCUGCUCCUGUAGACACAUUCUCCAUGGACCCUCAGUUAGAGCGACAGGUGGAAACCAUCCGCAACCUGGUGGAUUCCUACAUCGGCAUCAUCAACAAAUCCAUCAGAGACCUCGUGCCCAAGACCAUCAUGCAUCUCAUGAUCAGCAGUGCAAAGGAUUUCAUCCACUCAGAGCUGCUGGCCUACCUCUACUCAUCUGGGGAUCAGAACAGCUUGAUGGAGGAGUCAGCUGACCAGGCCCAGCGCAGAGACGAAAUGUUGCGCAUGUAUCAUGCGCUCAAGGAGGCGCUGCACAUCAUUGGUGACAUCAGCGCCAACACUAUCUCCACCCCAGUGCCCCCACCCGUCAAUGACACCUGGAUCCAAGAAGCCAGUCCAACCCCUCAACGUAGGCCGCCUCCUUCAACGGCCCAGCCACCCAGCCGCCCGGCUGCUGUUCGGGGCCCAACACCAGGACCACCCUUGAACCCUUCCCCUGCCUUUGGAGCUCCACUCAACCCCUCUCCUGCCUUCGGUGCACCACCAAUUCCCUCUCGCCCAGGCCAGCCCAUCAAUGCCUUCAACAGCAGCCAGGAUCCCUUCAGUGCACCCCCACAGAUCCCCUCCCGGCCAGCCCGUGUCCCACCAGGUGUACCCAGCCGAAGACCCCCCGGCGCUCCUUCUCACCGGCCCACCAUUAUCCGCCCUGCUGAGCCCUCCCUGCUAGACUAGACCUGUGGCCAAGCCCACCCAUGUGUGUGUGUUUGUGUGUGGGUGUGUGUAUCUGCACACUGCAGGGCAGGGGCUCGAGGGGAGGGGCCAACUCAUAGCGGUGCAUAAAGUGCAUCGUCCAGCCGUAUACAUGUCUGUUCAAGCAAUGUUAAUAAGCUGCUAAUACCGUCUUUAUCAGUGCACAUGAACGAAAGAAAGCCCUUAACCACUUGAAUAUUGCAUUUGACUGCUGUGGAAAUUGUGUAAUACAAAAUAAAUACACAGCUCAUCAGUGGGAUGCGUUAGCUUCUAUCAGUUGGAGAUGAUGUAUCAAAUUUAGUCCAAGAGCUUUUUUUUUUUAACUGUAAUAACUGGUUUAUUUCCUCUGACAAGAUUCCUGGAGCUGCCCACUAAAUAACUUAAUAACUGUUACAGGCUGGCUUUCCUCUCCCCUCCCUCCACCUUUUUAGAUUGGCCCUGACGCCCAAGUCUAGAUCACUGUGUAAUAUACACACUUAAACCUGUUGUUAAUGUUUUACUGGGUUUUCAUUUCCAAACUGAUUUCAUACUGAGAAACAAUAGCUCAUUAUCACUGUUAUUAUUUUGGUGGUGUCGAUUACAUUUUUUUUUCCCAUGUUAUUUUAUUUGAGUGACUUUGUCCUUUUUAAUGACCGUCAUAAAUGUAGCUUUAAAAACGAAAUCCCAAUCUCAGCAAAAACAAAGCAUAAAAAGACACAUGGCAGGGCGGCACGAGACUGAGAGAGUAGCUUCAGUUCCCCCUCUGUAAAAUAUCCUUCCCCAAUGAAAAGACAUCAGCCAGACUGACCUAUAUGAUCCAAGCACUUCUAACCAUCUAGUCUUAUAGCAAGCCACACAUAACGGGAUGCAGGACACUAUGCACAAAAACCCAGGAGAGGAAGCGUUCUCUCCUCUAAUUCUGAGUUGUUCAAGCCAUGAAUUUAAAUCCCUUUAGUCUCAGUCGAUCCCCAAUGAGGCCUUCAGCCUUUGGUUAGACUUUGUUCAUUCCUGGAUUAGCUGAUUCAUAUAGAACGGAGCACACAGUACAGUUCCCUCUCAGAGAGGAUAAAACUCAGUGAAGCGGUGGGGGGGGGGGUGUCGAUAAGGACGGAUCUGUGAUUUCGAGUACAAAGAUGGUAUUUAGCAUUGAGGAUUUGGCACAUCUCUUUCUGGACAUUUAUUAUUGCUUUCAGUUCUGCUUCCAUGCAUUAAAAAUAUCAUUGUAUAUAGCUGGGCUAGACUGGGGAAUUAGCACUUGUAUUUCAUUUAAUCGCAGGGAUGAUCACAAAAACGUGCUAUUAUAACCAACGCCCAACAUGUUAAAAUGCAGCUGUAGGUGUCUUUACCGGGAGCACUAACACUGUCAUUUCAUUAGCUUUGGAUGUAGGGGAAAAAAAAGAUUGGUCAUCUUCUGAUGCAUUAUUUAUAACCUGGGCAUUUGUUAUUUCUUUUGAUGUUUUGGGCUGCAGUUGUGUCAGCUCUGUAUAACUAAAUGCUACUCAGCCUCCCAGAUUCAACUGGACUGUUAUUUGGGGUUCUGCUACUGUCUAAACAUGUUGUGUGUUGGGAGGGCACUUGGGGCUGAACUUAUACAGCUGUGAUUAUUUGAUAAUGAUCUUUUGAUUGCUCUUUGACCAUUUAAAACCAAUUUUUCUGGAACAUUUUUCGGUAUUAAGGGGAAAACCGGUCAGGUGGGGAGUGAUGUUGGGAUGUUUUCUGUUUUUGGUUUGAUCAGUAGAGGUGGUGAGCGGGUGGUGGGAGUUGUGGUGAAUGAAGGCACAUCCUGUCAUGAGAAGCUGUCUAGACUGUUCUCCAUUCUCACUACAGAGGAUAGAAACUUAAUCAGGCAGUAUGACAAGACAAAGAAGCUGUAUAGAAUUUCCCAAACCACAGACUCUUGAGACAGAAUGUGCUUUUUCUCCCAGUGCAUUUCUCUGCAGGUCUGGCUUUCAGUGACAGUGCCAGAAGCUAAAAUGUUCUAAGAAAACAGCCCUGAAUCUUCAGAUUGAAAAGCCUUCACAUUAGAUCUUUCCCUGGUUCACAAAGUUUGGUUCAUUCAUUUCUUAUUGGCCAAUUCCCUUGUGCCUGUCACUUCAGCCUGCCUUUGAGAAGCAAGGACUGUAAAUGCCCUGUGAUACAUUAGGUUGUACCCUGCCUCCUUCCUCUUUCCCUUCCCUUUCUGGAUCUGGUAGAAGGGGUUGGAAACCAACUUGCAAAAAUUUCUUUUCUUUUUGUUUUGCAAAGCCUUGUCAAGUGCCUCUGUAGCAAUUAAUUGAUUUGAAUAAACAAAAUGAACUAAUUUAGAAAGGAGAGUAAAUAAAGAGGUGUUGUGUACAAUAAAGGGA